AUGGCCUCGGAAGUGGUGUGCGGGCUCAUUUUCAGGCUGCUGCUGCCCCUCUGCCUGGCAGUCGCAUGUGCUUUCCGAUACAAUGGGCUCUCGUUUGUCUACCUUAUCUACCUCUUGCUCAUUCCUCUGUUCUCAGAACCAACAAAAGCAACAAUGCAAGGACAUACGGGACGGCUGUUAAAGUCUCUGUGCUUCACCAGUCUCUCCUUCCUGUUGCUGCACAUCAUUUUCCACAUCACAUUGGCUAGCCUUGAAGCUCAACAUCAUAUUGCACCUGGUUAUAACUGCUCCACAUGGGAAAAGACAUUCAGGCAGAUUGGCUUUGAAAGCUUAAAGGGAGCUGACGCUGGCAAUGGGAUCAGAGUGUUUGUGCCUGAUAUCGGGAUGUUCUUUGCUAGUCUGACCAUCUGGCUCGUCUGUAAAAACAUCGUUCAGAAACCAGUGACAGAAGACACAGCACAAUAUAACCUGGAAUUUGAAAAUGAAGAAUUGAGUGGAGGAGAAAAAAUAGAUUCAGAGGAGGCCUUGAUAUAUGAAGAGGAUUCAGAUGGAGGAGAUGGUGUUGAAGGCGAGUUGGAAGAAAGCGCAAGAUUAAAAUUGUUCCGCAGGCUUGCCUCUGUGGCUUCCAAGCUGAAGGAGUUUAUUGGCAACAUGAUAACCACUGCUGGGAAAGUCGUGGUGACGAUUCUACUUGGUUCAUCAGGUAUGAUGUUGCCAUCUUUGACCUCGUCUGUGUAUUUCUUUGUGUUUUUGGGUCUAUGUACCUGGUGGUCCUGGUGCCGGACUUUCGACCCAUUGCUCUUCAGCUGUCUCUGUGUUCUGCUGGCUAUUUUCACUGCUGGACACUUGAUUGGGCUUUACUUAUACCAGUUCCAAUUCUUUCAAGAAGCAGUUCCACCCAAUGACUACUAUGCAAGGUUAUUUGGUAUCAAAUCAGUCAUUCAAACAGACUGCUCCAGUACUUGGAAGAUCAUAGUAAACCCAGAGCUGUCCUGGUACCACCAUGCCAACCCCAUCCUUCUCUUGGUGAUGUACUACACUCUGGCCACCCUCAUCCGCAUCUGGCUGCAAGAGCCCCUGGUAAGAAAGAAUAUGUUACGUGAAGCAUUUGUCCAUCUAGGAAAGAAAGAGGAAGAAGAGGACAAGAAGGAAGAAUUUGAAGAGGAAAGGAGCCACGAGGAAAAGAGAAGCAUCAAAGUUCAUGCCAUGGUCUCUGUGUUCCAGUUUAUUAUGAAGCAGAGUUACAUCUGUGCUCUUAUUGCUAUGAUGGCUUGGAGUAUUACCUACCAUAGCUGGUUGACAUUUGUGUUGUUGAUUUGGUCAUGCACUCUUUGGAUGAUUCGCAACAGAAGGAAAUACGCAAUGAUCAGCUCUCCUUUCAUGGUUGUCUAUGGGAAUCUGUUGCUGGUGUUACAGUAUAUAUGGAGCUUUGAACUUCCUGAAAUUAAAAAGGUCCCAGGAUUUUUAGAAAAGAAGGAUCCAGGAGAACUUGCCUCAAAGAUUCUUUUCACUAUUACUUUUUGGCUACUGCUCAGGCAGCACCUCACAGAGCAGAAAACUCUUCAACAAAAGGAGGCUCUUUUAUCUGAAGUCAAAAUUGGAAGUCAGGAAAAUGAAGAAAAAGAUGAUGAGCUACAAGAUGUAGAAGUGGAAGGGGAGUCCAGAGAGAAGGGGGGAGAAGAGGAAGCAAAGGAAGAGAAGCAAGCAAGCAAGAAAGAAGAGGCAGAAGAAGUAGAGGAAGAAGAUGACCAGGACGUCAUGAAAGUCCUGGGAAAUUUGGUGGUGGCCAUGUUCAUUAAGUACUGGAUUUAUGUCUGUGGAGGAAUGUUCUUCUUUGUCAGCUUUGAGGGUAAAAUUGUAAUGUACAAAAUCAUCUACAUGGUGCUGUUCCUAUUCUGUGUGGCCUUAUAUCAGGUACACUAUGAAUGGUGGAGGCGAAUCCUAAAAUACUUUUGGAUGUCAGUGGUUAUUUACACUAUGCUGGUGCUUAUUUUUAUCUACACAUAUCAGUUUGAAAACUUCCCAGGCCUGUGGCAAAAUAUGACUGGACUGAAAAAAGAAAAGCUUGAGGAUCUUGGCUUAAAACAGUUUACGGUGGCUGAACUCUUCACUCGCAUUUUCAUCCCCACCUCCUUCCUGCUAGUGUGCAUUUUACACCUCCACUACUUCCAUGACCGGUUCCUUGAACUCACAGACCUCAAGUCCAUUCCCAGCAAAGAAGAUAACACCAUCUACAGACUGGCUCAUCCCGAAGGCAGCCUUCCCGACCUGGCCAUGAUGAACCUGCCCGCCAGCCUGGGGAAGCAGGAGGGGAAGAGAGCCGAGGAGCAGGCAGAGGAGACCCCAGAGGGCGGCUCUGAGAAUGUGGAGAAGGGCACGCCCUGGAAAGACAGCGAGGAGACUGAGGAGGAUGAGGGUGAAGAGGAGGACUCAGAGGACGGGGAAGAAACGUCAGACCUCAGGAACAAAUGGCACCUGGUGAUCGACCGCCUCACUGUGCUCUUCCUGAAGUUUCUAGAGUAUUUUCACAAGCUGCAGGUGUUCAUGUGGUGGAUUUUGGAGCUGCACAUCAUCAAAAUUGUCUCAUCGUAUAUUAUCUGGGUUACUGUGAAAGAGGUGUCUCUGUUCAACUAUGUAUUUUUGAUUUCUUGGGCUUUUGCUCUGCCAUAUGCCAAGCUGCGCCGUCUGGCUUCAAGUGUCUGCACUGUCUGGACAUGUGUGAUUAUUGUCUGCAAAAUGUUGUACCAGCUCCAAACCAUUAAGCCUGAGAACUUUUCUGUUAACUGUUCCUUGCCAAAUGAAAAUCAGACGAACAUAGACCUUGAGCAGUUGAACGCAUCGAUACUCUACAAUGCUCCCAUCGACCCCACGGAGUGGGUUGGCCUGAGGAAGUCUUCCCCCUUGCUCGUCUACCUGAGGAAUAAUCUCCUGAUGCUAGCUAUUCUGGCCUUUGAAGUUACUAUUUACCGACAUCAGGAAUACUACAGAGGUCGAAACAACCUUAUAUCCCCGGUGUCUAAAACCAUCUUUCACGACAUCACAAGACUACACCUAGAUAAUGGACUUAUUAAUUGUGCCAAAUAUUUCAUAAAUUACUUCUUCUACAAGUUUGGCUUGGAGACCUGUUUCCUGAUGUCAGUUAAUGUGAUUGGUCAGCGAAUGGAUUUCUACGCCAUGGUCCACGCCUGCUGGCUGAUUGCUGUCUUGUAUCGGCGCAGAAGAAAAGCCAUUGCCGAGAUCUGGCCCAAGUACUGCUGCUUUCUGGCGUGCAUCAUCACGUUCCAGUACUUCAUCUGCAUCGGCAUCCCACCGGCUCCCUGCAGAGAUUACCCGUGGCGGUUCAAGGGUGCCAGCUUCAACAACAACAUCAUCAAGUGGCUCUACUUCCCUGACUUCAUUGUGCGGCCCAACCCUGUGUUUCUUGUCUAUGACUUCAUGCUGCUCCUGUGUGCCUCCCUACAACGGCAGAUUUUUGAGGAUGAAAAUAAGGCUGCGGUGCGCAUCAUGGCGGGUGACAAUGUGGAGAUUUGCAUGAACCUUGAUGCCGCCUCAUUUAGCCAACAUAACCCAGUACCAGACUUCAUUCACUGCAGGUUUCAUUUCCCCCAGAAAAUUGUGGUGUUCCUGAGGCAUAUAAUGUACAACCUCAAGAUUGGAGCAUGCGGAUACAUUGAGAACUUGGUUCAAAAUAGUUGCUGGUUGAUCCAAGCGUUCAGCUUGGCCUGCACAGUCAAAGGCUACAAAAUGCCUGAUGAUGACUCCUCAUGUAAACUACCCAGUGGGGAGGCAGGAAUUAUUUGGGACAGCAUAUGUUUUGCCUUCCUCCUGCUGCAAAGAAGGGUGUUCAUGAGUUACUAUUUCCUACAUGUCGUGGCUGAUAUAAAAGCCUCACAGAUCCUGGCAUCAAGAGGGGCUGAACUUUUCCAGGCCACCAUUGUCAAGGCUGUAAAGGCAAGAAUUGAGGAAGAGAAAAGGUCCAUGGACCAGCUGAAGAGGCAGAUGGAUCGCAUCAAGGCCAGGCAACAGAAAUACAAAAAGGGUAAAGAGAGAAUGCUGAGCUUGACCCAGGAGUCGGGAGAAGGCCAGGAUACCCAAAAGCUCUCUGAAGAGGAUGAUGAAAGAGAAGCAGACAAACAGAAAGCCAAGGGCAAAAAAAAGCAGUGGUGGCGGCCUUGGGUUGAUCAUGCUUCCAUGGUCAGAAGUGGAGAUUAUUAUUUGUUUGAAACGGAUAGUGAAGAGGAAGAGGAGGAAGAAUUAAAAAAAGAAGAGGAAGAACCUCCAAGAAGGUCAGCGUUCCAGUUUGUUUAUCAAGCCUGGAUAACUGAUCCUAAAACAGCCCUCCGACAGAGACGCAAAGAGAAAAAAAGGUCUGCCCGAGAAGAACAGAAACGGCGGAGGACGGGAUCUGGGGAGGGUCCCGUGGAAUGGGAAGACCGAGAGCAUGAACCAGUCAAAAAGAAAUCUGAUGGGCCAGAUAACAUCAUCAAGAGGAUAUUUAAUAUUUUGAAAUUUACCUGGGUCCUCUUUCUGGCAACAGUGGAUAGUUUCACUACUUGGCUUAACUCUAUUUCAAGGGAGCAUAUUGAUAUAUCCACAGUUCUGAGGAUUGAAAGAUGCAUGCUGACCAGAGAAAUUAAAAAGGGCAACGUUCCAACUCGGGAGAGCAUCCACAUGUACUACCAGAACCACAUCAUGAACCUUUCCCGGGAGUCGGGCCUGGACACCAUCGACCAGCCCCCUGGUGCUGCUGCGGAGUUGCAGGCAGCUCGAAGGAUGGACAGUCUAGAUUCCCAUGACAGUAUCUCCAGUGAGCCCACGCAGUGCACCAUGCUGUACUCCCGCCAGGGGACCACAGAGACCAUUGAGGAGGUGGAGGCUGAGCAAGAAGAGGAGGUGGUGGGCUCGGUGCCUGAGCUCGAGGAUGCAGAUGAUGAGUAUGAGGCCGAGGACGAGGGGGGCGCCGAGGAGGUCACCCUCACCCCUGAUGCCGAGUUGCCACAGUACUCCACCAUGGAGGGGGACGUGGAGGCCCCACCGUCCUACAGCAAGGCCGUCAGCUUUGAGCGCCUCUCCUUCGGCUCGCAGGAGGACUCCACGGGCAAGAACCUCAUGGUGGUUAGCCCGGACGACAGCCGCACAGACAGAAUGGAGUCAAGCAUCUUACCUCCCUUGACGCAUGAGCUGACAGCCAGUGAGCUGCUUCUGAACAAGAUGUUUCAUGAUGAUGAACUGGAAGAGUCAGAAAAGUUCUAUGUUGCCCAGCCACGAUUCUUGUUGCUCUUCUAUGCCAUGUACAACACUCUUGUGGCCCGCUCAGAAAUGGUGUGCUAUUUUGUAAUCAUCCUCAACCACAUGGUCUCUGCGUCCAUGAUCACCCUCGUGCUCCCCAUUCUGAUCUUCCUUUGGGCCAUGCUGUCUGUCCCGAGGCCUAGCAAGCGGUUCUGGAUGAUGGCCAUUGUCUACACAGAGGUGGCAAUUGUGGUCAAAUAUUUCUUCCAGUUUGGGUUCUUUCCCUGGAAUAAGAACUUGGAACUGUACAAAGAUAAGCCUUACCACCCACCAAAUAUCAUAGGAGUGGAGAAGAAGGAAGGCUAUGUCCUUUAUGACCUUAUUCAGCUCCUGGCUCUGUUCUUCCAUCGAUCAAUCCUGAAGUGUCACGGCUUGUGGGAUGAAGAUGACAUCACUGAGGGUGGCACCCACAAGGAUGAGUCAGAAGACGAGCUCUCACUCACUCGUGGCAGAAGGGACUCCUCUGACUCCCUGAAGUCCAUCAACCUGGCAGCCUCAGUGGAGUCAGUGCACGUACACUUCCCAGAGCAGCAGACGGCCAUCCGAAGGGAGAGCUCCAGCGGCAGCUCUGAGGCAUCCCAGACAUCCAACUUUUCCUCCAACAGGUCCAAAAGAGGCAGCACAAGUACCCGAAACAGCAGUCAAAAAGGAAGCAGUGUUGUCAACAUUAAGCAAAAAAGCAAAAGGGAACUCUAUAUGGAAAAGCUUCGGGAACAUUUAAUCAAAGCAAAGGCAUUUACCAUAAAAAAGACUCUGCAAAUAUACGUGCCUAUCAGACAGUUCUUUUAUGACCUCAUCCACCCAGACUACAGUGCUGUGACCGAUGUAUACGUGCUCAUGUUCCUGGCGGACACUGUCGACUUCAUCAUCAUUGUCUUUGGCUUCUGGGCCUUUGGGAAACACUCGGCCGCAGCAGAUAUCACCUCUUCACUCUCAGAGGACCAGGUCCCAGGGCCAUUCCUUGUGAUGGUCCUCAUUCAGUUUGGAACCAUGGUGGUGGACCGGGCUCUCUACCUCAGGAAGACUGUGUUGGGAAAGGUCAUUUUCCAGGUCAUCCUUGUGUUUGGAAUCCACUUCUGGAUGUUCUUCAUUUUACCUGGUGUGACUGAGAGGAAAUUCAGCCAGAAUCUGGUUGCUCAGCUUUGGUAUUUUGUGAAAUGUGUUUACUUUGGAUUAUCUGCCUACCAAAUCCGUUGCGGCUACCCAACACGAGUCCUUGGAAACUUCCUCACAAAGAGCUACAAUUAUGUCAACCUCUUCUUGUUUCAAGGGUUCCGCCUUGUUCCAUUUUUGACUGAGUUGAGAGCUGUGAUGGACUGGGUGUGGACAGACACUACCCUAAGCCUUUCCAGCUGGAUUUGUGUGGAGGACAUUUAUGCUCACAUAUUCAUCCUGAAGUGUUGGCGAGAAUCAGAAAAAAGGUACCCUCAGCCCCGGGGACAGAAGAAGAAGAAGGUGGUGAAGUAUGGCAUGGGUGGCAUGAUCAUCGUCCUGCUGAUUUGCAUCGUAUGGUUUCCUCUUCUCUUCAUGUCCUUGAUCAAAUCUGUCGCUGGAGUGAUCAACCAGCCCCUGGACGUCUCUGUCACAAUCACCCUGGGAGGAUAUCAGCCUAUUUUCACCAUGAGUGCCCAACAAAGCCAGCUGAAAGUUAUGGACCAGCCAAAAUUUAAUAAAUUUGUGCGUUCUUUUUCUAAGGACACAGGUGCUAUGCAAUUUCUAGAAAAUUAUGAAAAAGAAGACAUAACAGUAGCAGAACUGGAAGGAAACUCAAAUUCUUUGUGGACCAUCAGCCCUCCCAGUAAGCAGAAAAUGAUACACGAACUCAUGGACCCCAGUAGUAGCUUCUCAGUUGUUUUUUCAUGGAGUAUUCAGAGAAAUAUGAGUCUGGGUGCAAAAGCAGAAAUAGCAACAGAUAAACUUUCCUUUCCUCUUAAAAAUAUUACUCGAGAGAACAUAGCUAAAAUGAUAGCUGGCAACAACACAGAAAGCUCAAAAACACCAGUGACUAUAGAAAAGAUCUACCCAUAUUACGUGAAAGCACCUAGUGACUCUAACUCAAAACCUAUAAAGCAACUUUUAUCUGAAAAUAAUUUCAUGAAUAUCACCAUCAUUUUGUCCAGAGACAAUACAACUGAAUCUAACAGUGAAUGGUGGGUUCUCAACCUGACUGGAAAUAGAAUAUACAACCAGCAUGCUCAGGCCUUAGAGCUGGUGGUCUUUAAUGACAAAGUCAGCCCCCCCAGUCUUGGGUUUCUGGCUGGCUACGGUAUCAUGGGAUUAUACGCUUCAGUUGUCCUUGUGAUUGGGAAGUUUGUCCGUGAAUUCUUCAGUGGGAUUUCUCACUCCAUCAUGUUUGAAGAGCUUCCAAAUGUGGAUCGAAUUUUGAAGUUGUGCACAGAUAUUUUUUUAGUUCGAGAGACAGGGGAGCUGGAACUAGAGGAAGAUCUUUAUGCCAAAUUAAUAUUCCUGUACCGCUCACCAGAAACAAUGAUCAAAUGGACUAGAGAAAAAACGGAUUGAUACCUAAGGACAGAGACAGCAAAUGAAGUUGAUGUGUGAAUUUUCAAAAAAAAGCACAAUAUUCUCAUAAGAGCUAAGCAUUUUCUAGUUCAAUGGAAAUGGCUUCUCUUCUGACAGGUGGCCAAAGGAGUUCCCUUCCUUUUGAAACAAAAAAAAGCUACCUUGCAAGUUAAGGCUCUGUUAAAGUUCUUUGUAAUUCAGUUUCUCUGAAAUCAGAGUUACUUGCUUUGUUUUAGUCAGCAGUGUCUUGCAUUCGGAUUGACUACAUGAAGGAACCACUUGUGGCCCCGUUCCUCUGAGAAAGCAGAACAGAAGGAGCAGCGAGACGGAAAGGUGGCCCACAUUUCCUCUGCUGGGGCUGCGCCUUUCUGGAGAGACGCGCUCACGCAAUAUACGCAGCACGCGGCUCUCCACCUCCGAGUGGGAAGCUGCUGUGAUGGAGCUCCGUGAGUCUUCAGCGCACGGCAACACGAACAGCAAUAGGAGGCUGAACCCUCUGGGGACAGGGA